GUCGUAAUAAAUAGUUGAACUACUCCCUACGGCACUACGGGGUCCCAGGUGAUCACGAAGACGAAGAGGCACGCGAUGAUCGCGCAGGCCUUGAUCGUGUUCGAGCGCUCGAAGUCCGAGAUCCGCUUCUCCGUCGCGCCCGUCGGGUCGUCGUCGAUGUACGCCUGCAGGAGCGGCGACCGCCGCUGGCCGAAGCCCGCCUGCUGGAUAUUUUCCGGUCGCCGCUGUCGCUGUUCGACGACGCCUUUCGAGUUCGCCGCCGCGUCGAGGACGAACUUGUCCGGAUCGAGGAGGUACCGCGCGUACUCGAGCUCGGCGUCGCGCGUGCUCAGGCGCUUUUGCUUCGCAUACUUGGCGACGGUGUCCUCGAACUCCGCCCGAUUCGUGGCCUUUUGGAGCGAAACCAUGGCCUCGGGAGAUAGGAUGUUGAGAGACGUCGACGGGCGGCGGCCGUUUCGCAGGGCCUUGGCCGGCAGCAAUGCGUUCACGCACGGCAGAAAAGCGGCGAGGAGAGCGAGACGCGUCAUCAUUGUUGCUUUGCUGCAGCGUCUGGGCUUUGCACAGAUAUGCUCUCUCAGGAGCUUAAGUAUCUCUAUACGUCAGCAGGGUUGCCGUGGUUUCAACCCGAGUGAGAGCUGUACUCAGAGAAGCUUUCCUGAAGGCGGCGGCAGCGAUGCUCAGCUAGAGACGGAGACAAAGCUGCUCCAAAGACGAGCUUUUGGCUUGCUAGUGUCUUACAGCGCUAGCUGA